AUGGAGAGCGGCGGGGCGCUGAACGGCUCCGCCGCCGCCUCCGGGCGCUUCGCCGCCGCCGGCACCGCGGCGCUGGGCGCGCUCAUGGCCCUGCUGAUCGCCGUCACCGUGUCCGGCAACGCGCUGGUGAUGCUGGCUUUCGUGGCGGACUCCAGCUUGCGCACCCAGAACAAUUUCUUCCUCCUCAACCUGGCCAUCUCGGAUUUCCUAGUAGGUAAAGUGCCGCCCGCCGCGGAGCUCCGCGCCCGAAACUUCGUGGCGAGGGCAGCGCAGCGCGGGGCCCGGGGGCUCUCCCGUCCCGCAGCCGGUCCCGUCCCGCAGCUCGCCGCCUCUCCCCGACCCCUCUGCCCCGCAGCGCCCACACGCAGCCCGCGGCCGGGGGAGGGGAGCCCGGGGAUGCGCACGGGCGGCGGCGCUGCUGCGGGUCCAGCCCCCGCGUGUCCGAACAAACGGAGCCCUCUGGUUGCAGGUGCCUUCUGCAUUCCCUUGUACGUGCCCUAUGUGCUGACAGGGAGAUGGAUCUUCGGGAGAAGCCUCUGCAAACUCUGGCUGGUAGUUGAUUACCUGCUCUGCACCUCUUCGGUCUUCAACAUCGUGCUGAUUAGCUAUGACAGAUUCCUCUCGGUGACAAGAGCGGUCUCCUACAGAGCCCAGCAAGGCAACACCAGGCGAGCAGUGCUGAAGAUGGUGAUGGUGUGGGUAUUAGCAUUCCUGCUUUAUGGACCUGCCAUUAUCAGCUGGGAGUAUAUCUCGGGUGAGAGUAUCAUACCCACUGGGGAAUGCUAUGCUGAAUUUUUCUACAACUGGUACUUUCUCAUGACGGCCUCUACGCUGGAGUUUUUCACCCCUUUUAUCAGCGUAAUGUUUUUCAACCUGAGCAUUUACCUGAACAUACAGAAGCGUACCAAAUUACGCCUGGAUGUUUUCCACGAAGCGCAGAGCCAAUCCUUCCCUGAAGAGCUGGAAAUGAGCCCUGAAGCGAAGCUUUCUUCGAAAUGCUACAAGUGGGAGCAGAAGGAGCCAGCUGAAACCCUCGACCUCUCUAAGAGCGAAGCACAAGCAGCAGCCUCUACUGGUGCAGAGGACGCGGUGAUGGCCAGCUCAGGGAAAUCCCAGUGCUGCAACAAAAGGGGCUGCAAGAAUCCGGCACCCGCUCUGUCCUUAGAGAAAAGGAUGAAGACAGUCUCCCAGAGCGUGACUCAACGCUUCAGGCUCUCCAGAGACAAGAAAGUAGCCAAAUCGCUGGCAAUCAUCGUGGGUAUUUUUGGAAUUUGCUGGGCACCGUACACUCUCCUUAUGAUUAUCCGUGCUGGCUGCCACGGCCACUGCGUCUCUGACUACUGGUACGAGACUUCCUUUUGGCUGCUGUGGAUCAACUCAGCUGUCAACCCCGUCCUGUAUCCUCUCUGUCACUACAGCUUCAGAAGAGCUUUUAUUAAACUCCUCUGUCCGAAGAAGCUGAAGAUUCAACCUCACGAUCCCCUGCAGGACUGCUGGAAAUGAAGCUAGCCUUGGGCGUGGGAGAGCCUUUGUCACACAGGCGUAGUAUUGCUUCUCCAGAAGCUGGGACCGCCGGUCUGCGGCAGGUGAGGAAGGCAGCUGGGAGAUCACUAUUAACUUAUGUCAGUUCAUCACCAACAAAAACAAGCUGAACAGAAGAGUGAGGAGGUUGGGUUUUUUCCUUUUUAACUUAACGUUAACCACAGGCAGUGACAUGUGUCCUCCACCUGCACCGCAGAGCUCUGCUGCCACCUAGUCAGCCUGAGCAGCACCAACGUUGUGCUGAAGAAACCCAGUAAAUAAAUACCAACCCGAAACACACCGGGCUAAACUACAGUUGAUGUGAUUGCAAACCUGAUUUUUACUGUGAAUGUGUUUUGUUUUGUUCUCCUUAAGUUAUUACGAGAUGAUACAGUGAGAAUGAACCACAGAAAGAAAAACACCUCAUUUAUCAUUGCUACUGCAGCAGCUACAGCCGUAAGCUACAUCCUCAUGGCAUAUGGUGCAAGGUAUGUCCUUUCCACUCUCCAAGAAGGGGCACAUCUCUGCCCUAAGGAGUCUACAGCCAGUCUGAGUUUACAGCCAGACUUCUUUUUAAAGCAGGAGACCUUGGUCAAGCUGAUCCAAGCUGAUUAUUUUAUUUUUUUAAGCACUCAGCCAGCUUUUUUCCACAGACAGAACGCCAGAUUCAAGAGAUCAGGGCUGUAACCUCACCUGAGAUACUGGGCAUAUUAGUUCUACUUCCCAUCUCAUUCUUCGUCCUACUUGCCCACGUAGACUCGCUGAGCUCUUUGGGAACAGGCAGUGUGACCAUAAAGCAGAAGACUAACUCCCCAUCUCUGCCAGCACCGCUCACUGCUGUAGUAAUACAAAUACAUCAUCAGUUGCCAUGGCGAGCACUUGUGCUUAACAGUAUUGCAAAGGAAGCUCGAGUCUGAAAGCUACAUUUAUAAAUGGAAACCCAAACGCUGUGAAGUAGUACCCACAAGCUUAUGAUGCUGUGAUUGCCAGUUACACUUAGCUGUUGUAAACAGUUUCUUGGCUGUUGCUAGGGAUAAAAGAAAAAUGCUAUCCAACUUUAUUCCAGUGAUGUUUAUUGAGUAGAUCAAUGUUGUCAUCUGAAGUCAGGUUUAAAUGAUGUCUUGUUCUGUGUAUAUGAUAUUGCAGUCUUGUGACAAGUUCUGUCAGACCAUUAAAUAUGAACUAAAAUACAUGUUUUGAGGUAAGAGUACUAAGAAGUGCCAGUAUGCACUGUCGAGCCUCUUGUACUGUCCUGCGUCUACUACCUUCUGAGAACCCCAAUGAAGUACUCUUAUACAAAGUUUGCCAAAUACUUCAUAGUAAACAGGCUGUUGCCAGAAAUUAUGAAAUCCAACUGAAAGCAAAACAUAUGUCUGUUUGUCUGAGGAGAUGCUUAAAGCCUCUAAAGAAAAGGCUCCUGAAACAGCUGCAUGUCUUUUACUGCUGAUUAAAUGGGGUCUUGAUAUCACCCAGUUGGUGGUGAGAGCAUGUCAGUUCUUUCUGAUGGUAGUUCUUUUCCAGAGCACGUUACAUGCAGCUUAGAUCUGAAAAGCUUACACUAAAUCUUUGCGACUCAUGAAAUCCACUCAACUGCCUAAAAAAGACAAAAUCAUAAUCACAGAAUUGUAGGGACCUCUGGAGACCAUCUAGUCCAACCCCUGCUAAAGCAGGUUCCCUGCAGUCAGUAAUGGGAACGAGGGCCCAGUUUCCAGCUGUGCUUCCUUUCAUUUGCUCAUAGAGAGAGAGAGCUACUAGAUCCAGCCUGAUAAAAGUUACGUUACACCUACAGAAAAGGGCAGAGGAAUUGCCAGUUCUGUCUGCCUUACCUGGUAUUAAAUAGCUGCUUUCAUGUUUUCAUCCUCCAGAAGUGCUUUACCAUUUUACCAGAAAGGAAAUCUAACAGAAAAUAUUAAAAGCAAUCCGAAAAAACUCUUACUGUUCUGUGGCUAACAGGUAGAUCUCUGACAAAUGAGAUGCGAGUAUACCUUCCGUGCUGUGGUUAGUUACUGACCAAAUGAAUUAACAAAAGAAUUUACCAGUCUUUCCUGUAUGAGACAUUUGCCUGAGUAAGGAUUGAGUGGUAAUUGAGCUUCUUAGUAAAAUAAAACAGGGAGAUGUCACAGGUGGGUGGUUUUGUUUUUUCUUCUUCCUCUACACUGCAAUGCACAUCAUACACAUCAUCAUGUUAUUAUACAAGACCAGAGCUAAGAAACAGGGAGCACAUGGUGAGCUAUCAGGUUCUUUUUCCUCUUUCUAUAAAAUUGCUCCUUCCUAGAGUUUGAAUUCACUGUAUCAAAUUAAAAAAGAAAGAAGAGUUGCCACUCCCAGCUGGUUUUCCUGCGUGUGAUGGCUGAGCAAGAAGGCAUUUAAAAAGGAAGUUGCAGCUGUUUGUCUACAUUCUGAAAAUUGUUGUUUCCAUUCGCAAAUUCUUAGCUUAUAAUUAAAUAUCUGCAUCCUGAAGACAGGCAGAUUUUCCCCUACGUCCAUGGUAGUAAUUCUGUUCAAAAGCAGUGAGACCUAUUUUAAAUUUCGAGGUGACUUUGCAGGGACAUGGGCUGGAAAUUCCUUUCUUUUACAUAUUCACUCAGUCAAACAGCUAAAGCUGUAAGCAACAUAGCUUUAAGAGACUGAUAAAAUGCAUAAUACUUGUAGAGUUGACGGAGAUGGGUUUUGCUUCCUGUGAUCCAUAAGGCCAUGCUGCACCUGCACUGAAGUCCUCGUGCCAUCUCUGCAAGUGCCACGGAUCCUUGAGUCCCACUAGUGACAUGAGUGUAUUUCUGUAUCAUUUAGAAUCCCACUGCUACUCUUCUCUGAGCUGUCUGGAUGGACCAAGUACUUUUGGUCUUAAAGUCCCUUCCUAAAGGAAUGGAUAGGUUUCACUGUAAAGCUUUUGCACGGUAUUUUUAUGGUCUCCGACUCCUGUAUGUGCAGGAGAUACUCAACACAUUUUCAGAGAAGAACUGUGUGAAUUGCAGCCAUAGAUCCAUCCUAAAAAGAACACUGCUUUCUCCUGUUUCCUUUUCCUUAUCUCCCCAGAUUCCAAUGAUGUUUCCAUCACACCAAUAAUGUUUUAAUUGCAUGAAAAUGAUAUCAAGAUGAGCGAAAAAUAGCCCCCAAAUUAACAGGAAGAUAGGAGCAAUGUGUCAGUUUGCUACAAACUAGUUUCUGGGAAAAUAUAAUUUGGGAAUCUUCUAGAAUUCUUUGUGGUAAUUAUCUCUUCUUGUAUGAGAUUGCAUAUGCCCAUGCUUGUACCAGCAUGUGCACGGAUGAUUGGAAAUAAA